CACCACCACUCUCUUCCUUUCUCCACCCAUGCUCUCUCGUUCUCUCCGCGCAGCUGCGCUCUCGAGGCCGCGGGCCGUGCCCAUUCUUAGUGCUGCGCGGUUGGCGCGCACGUACGCUACGCCUUCGGACGGUAAGCCGACACCCGACAAGCCACCAAGUAGCGACAACAAGUCCCCGGCGGAGGGCGAGAAGUCUGCGGAGGGGCAGAACGAGAACAAGGAUGUGAAGGCGAAGGAGGGGGAACAGAAGGAGGAACCUCUGAAGGGCCUCGAGGGCUUUUUCCAGCGGUACCACCAGAGCAAAGGCGAGGAGCCCGCACCGGGCGCACAGGAGGACGGGGCGAAGAAGCAGCAGGGCCGGCAGGAGUCAUCGAACAACCGGCGCAACAAGAAGCAGGAGGCACCACCAGGAGCAGGCAACCAGUUCAACCCGAACCAGCUUGCGCUGCUCGCAACGACGGCCGCGAUCUUCUUCGCGCUCUCGUCCUCGUCAUACCCGUCCGCGCGCGAGAUCACCUGGCAGGAGUUCCGCACCGCGUUUCUCGACAAGGGCCUCGUCGACAGCCUCACGGUCGUGAACCGCACGAAGGUGCGCGUGAAGCUGCACUCGAACGCCACGGGCACGAUGUACCCGAACGCGGCCGCUGGCGGGGAGUACUUCUUCUCAAUCGGCUCCGUGGAGGCGUUCGAGCGCAAGCUCGACGAGGCGCAGCACGAGCUCGGCAUCCCCUCGCACGAGCGCAUCCCCGUCUACUACCACGAGGAGGUGUCCACGUUCAACUACCUGCUCAGCUUCGGGCCCACGCUCCUCUUCGCUGGUAUCAUGAUCUACCUGUCCCGGCGUGCUGGCGGUGCGAGCGGCGGCGGCGGAGGCAUCUUCAGCGUUGGGAAGUCCAAGGCCCGGCAGUUCAACAACGAGACGGACGUGCGGGUGCGCUUCGCGGACAUCGCGGGCAUGGACGAGGCCAAGGUCGAGAUCAUGGAGUUCGUCUCCUUCCUCAAGGACCCGACCAAGUACGAGCGGCUCGGCGCGAAGAUCCCGCGCGGCGCCAUCCUCUCCGGGCCCCCGGGCACGGGCAAGACGCUCAUCGCGAAGGCCACCGCGGGCGAGGCGGGCGUGCCGUUCUACUCCGUGUCCGGGUCCGAGUUCGUCGAGCUGUUCGUCGGUGUCGGCUCCUCGCGUGUGCGCGACCUGUUCGCGAUGGCGAAGAAGAACGCGCCGUCGAUUGUGUUCAUCGACGAGAUCGACGCCAUUGGGAAGAGCCGCGGGAAGGGCAAGGGCUUUGGCGGGAACGACGAGCGCGAGCAGACGCUGAACCAGCUGCUUGUUGAGAUGGACGGGUUCGGCACGCAGGAGCACGUCGUCGUGCUCGCGGGCACGAACCGGCCGGACGUGCUCGACUCUGCGUUGAUGCGUCCCGGGCGGUUUGACAGGCAUAUCACCAUCGACCGUCCGGACGUCGUUGGGCGCAAGGGCAUCUUCCUCGUUCACCUUAAGCCCCUCCGCCUUUCGGACACGCUCCCUCAGCGGGACAAGUUUGCGGAGAAGCUCGCGGUACUCACCCCUGGCUUCUCGGGUGCGGACGUCGCGAACGUGUGUAACGAGGCGGCGCUGCAUGCUGCGCGCGUGGGCAACGACGCGAUCACCGAGGACGACUUCGAGGCGGCCAUCGAGCGUGUCAUCGUUGGUCUGGAGCGCAAGAGCAAGCUGUUGAGCCCGGAGGAGAAGAAGACGGUCGCGUAUCACGAGGCGGGCCACGCUAUUUGCGGGUGGUUCCUCGAGCACGCAGACCCGCUGCUCAAGGUCAGCAUCAUCCCCCGUGGCGUCGGCGCUCUCGGUUAUGCGAAGUACUUGCCCCCCGAUCGCUACUUGUUCUCGACGCCUCAAAUGCUCGACCGGAUAUGCAUGACGCUCGGCGGUCGUGUGUCCGAGGAGAUCUUCUUCGGUCAGGAGAACGUCACAACAGGUGCUCAGGACGAUUUGCAAAAGAUCACCAGGAUCGCAUUCGAGGCGGUGGCGAACUACGGCAUGAACGACAUCGUCGGCCCUGUCAGCUACGGUGGCGCAAACGCGACACAAGAGUCGAUGGUUAAGCCUUUCAGCGAGAAGACCGCGGAGAUGCUCGACCAGGAGGUCCGGAAGAUGAUUGUUGCUGCGCAUAAGCGAACAACAGAGCUCCUGACGAAGCACAAGGACGAUGUUGAGAAGGUGGCGAAGCUUCUUUUGGAGAAGGAGGUCAUCAACCGUGAGGACAUGAUUGCCCUGCUCGGUCCCCGACCAUUCGCGGGUCACAAGGACGCGAUGGACAAGUGGCUAGAGGAGAACAGCCAGGAGCGCAGCGCACCACCACCACUGGAGGCCGCAAAUUCGGCCGAGGUCAACCCUGUCCCGGCGGCGAAGCGGAUAGAGGACCGCGACCUGCAUCUGUAGUUACCUGGGCAUGUGUCGACGUCUCUGUGAUCUACUCUUGGGCUGCUCACGCUGGACAUCUCAUACCGCACGAUGGCUUGUAUUCGACAUUGUAUCUAUCCUACACCCCCGAGCACUACUCAUCAUAAUAAGCAUCCACUAGUCAA